UGCUGGGUGGCUGCCUUCCGGGAGUACUGAGCGUGCAAACCGUCCAUCAGAAGCCCCCAGGGUCUCCUAGACUUGUGCAAAAUUCCAGAAAGCAAGCAAGCCCGGGGCAACCGCGGGAGAAUGGCAGUGCCCUGGGAGGAAUAUUUCCAACUGGUUUUGGAAGAGAAACUGUCUACGAAGAUCCCGGAGCAGAACACGGACCACGUUCCCCCAGUCCUGCGUCUCUUGGAGAAGAGGCAGGAGCUGGUGGAUGCAGAUAGGGGCCUUCAGGCCCAGAAAGAGGUGUUCGAGAUCACAAAGGCCUCCCUGAAACAGCGAUGGGAACAGUUGGAACAGAAAGAGCAGGAGCUAAAGGGGUCAUUCAUCCGCUUUGAAAAGUUUUUGCAGGACGCCGAGGCCCGGCGCAGCCGCGCACUGCGGAGAGCCGAGGAGGAGCGGCACCUCGCGGGCCGCCGGGAGGUGGAGGCGCUGAGGCUCCGGGCUCAACUGGCCGAGCUGCAGCGGAAGCGCGCGCGGCUGCAGCGCGGGCUGCAGCGUCUGGAACCCUGCGCGCGCCUGCUGGGGCAAAUGUUGGAGCUGUUGCCCGAGUUCCAAGAGGUCCCCGAACUGGUGGCGCGCUUCGACGGGCUGGCGGACAUGCAGGCGGCGCUGAGGCUCACGGAGCGCCAGCGGCUCGCGGAGCUGGAGGAGGCGCGCGCGCGGCUGCAGCGGCUGCGGGACUCCUGGCAGGACGAGCUGCUUCUGCAGGGCCAGCGACGAGCGCAUCUCCUGGAGCGACUGGAGUCGGCGCGGGAGCGCACGCUGCACUGGGUACCGAGGCCGGAGGAGGAAUCCAAGUGGAUUCAGAUCCAGAACACGGCGGCUGAGAAGACCUUGCUUCUGGGGCGCACCAGGAUGGCAGUACUCAAUAUGUACCAGCUGGUGUGCCAGCAUCAGAGACGGCCACCCGCCCUAGACGUCGAGGACACCGAGGGGCAGCUGGAGCAGGUGAAGCUGUCCAUUCUGGACCUCUCCGCCAUGCUGGCUGGACUCCGUCAGGCUGAGUCCGCCGCCCCCACCUCCUAACCCGACCCAGGUGAGCAGUGGGAGAGGGACCCCUCGAGGGAC